UGAAGGUCUGCAGACUAGAAAGGUGUUAUACAGACCAUUUACAAAUAGUGCUACCGUUGACGAUGUUCGCUCUUUGUUUUUGAAUGGUUAUUAAUGGUAGACAGGACAAUAUCUGAGUACCCAGUUCUCUCUCUCUCUUGCUGUGUGUCUGUGUGUGUGUGUGUGUGUGAACACAGACUGCAGGUUUGUGUUACUGAAUGUGCUAAUAGUAUGUUAAACUCAAUCUCCGCCCAGACUACAUCCUCCUACAUGCUUCUUCUUCAGUGGAGCAGCUCAGUAACUGAAGCCUCGGCUUCUGCGUGCGGCGGAAGAGCGGAACAGACGGAGGAAGAAGAGGGAAAAGACAAUAGGGAAACCCUGGAAAGAAAGUUAGUUAGUUAAACGAUAGUUUUGGGGGACUCCUAUUUUUAACCAAGUCCAUAUUCCUAGACUGUCGGUGCACCGGUAGAACUUGAGCGACGUCUUCAUAAAAAGAUUCACAAACGGCGUGAGUGAAGUCUAUGCUGAAUUUUGGUGAUGAGAUCCAGACGGCGCGUGAGUGUUAGAGUGUACUUCAUAAAGCAACAAAACCUCAUGAAGAAGUGCUACACAUAAAGUCCAGCUGCAUGCUGAAUUUAAAGAAGCUGAUGUGAGCAUUAAGAAGAACCCAGCAUGGCCUCUCCACAUCCACUUCUCUGUCAUCCCUUGGUGUCUUUAUCUAAUGGGGCAUCACACAUAGAGGAAGAAGAGGAUGAGGAGCUGGGGGGGAAGUUUCAGUUUGGUGAUGAGGAUGACGUCGGGCCCCCAGAGAUGAGUGACUGGAGCAAAGUCAUAGCAGUGUCAAACCCUGACACUAAGACAAACAACCCAAAAACCCAAAUCCAAGAGACAACAAGCCAGGACAUGAAUAGAACAACCAGUAUAGGGCAAGUGGGCCAAGACUCCUUGGUGUACCAUGAGUACUGCUCAGAUAUGGAGGUCAGGGAGUCCCCAGAGGGAUGUUCCACCUCCUCUGAUCUGGGAGUGACUGGAGAAUCAGAGAGUUCUCGGAAAACAAGCAGUAUUUAUGAAGGAACAACUUAUUUAAUGCCAGAAAGCUGUCAGGACAAGUCCAGUAGUGUAGUAAAUGGCUGCAACCCUCGGCAGGACACUCAGCAAGACACUGCUGAAGAUGAGGUGUCCUCUUCAGACAGUCCACAGACUAAACAUCACUCAGCUGGUGUAGACAGGCUAACCGACCAGAGUACAGUGACCUGCAGCACAGACGGUGUGGUCAAGGACCCAGAAGUCAUUUAUGAUGAUGUUCCUGCUGAGAGCCUACAGCACCCAGUCAAAGAUGUUGAUGACAUCUAUGAGGACAUCCAAACACCUCAUCACCGUGGCUCCAAUGGUUGGAGCUCCAGUGAGUUUGAGAGUUAUGAUGAGAUGUCUGACAACGAGGCCGUUUCUCCAGCCCACAGCAGUAGCAAGCUGCCUGCAGAUGUGCUGAGGCUAAAGGAGCGUUGUACUGUCACAAGAAGGGAGUUGGCGGUGUGUCUCAGUUCACCACAUGUUUCCCACAUCAGACAGAGCUGUGACACAAAGGUGCAGCAGUUGAUGAAAGCAGCGAGGAAUGGAACCAAGGACGGCUUAGAAAAGACAAAGUUAGCCAUGAUUCGCAAAGUGUCAUUCCUGCAGAGAAAAGACUCCACAGGUGAGGGAAAGGAUGAUGCAGGUUACAUGGAUGUGUCUGUGUGUGAGUUAAAGCACCCUCCACCACAGCUGUGCCCCAUGCCAGUGGGGCUCAGCAGUCAACAGGUUGUCAGACGUCUUAUCCUCAGCUCCAUUGUGCAGAGUGAAAGCAGCUACUUGGACUCUCUCAAAAGAAUCAUUCAGGAAUACCAGAAGCCUUUGCUGGAGCCACAGAACUGGAUCCUAAAUCAUAAGAAGGUGUGUCAGAUAUUUUACCGUCUGCAAGAGAUCCAUCAGUGCCACUCAAUGUUCCAGAUCGCCCUGGCAUCCCGCGUGGCUGAGUGGGAUCAAAGUGAGAAGAUCGGAGAUCUGUUUGUGGCCUCGUUUUCAAAAUCCAUGGUGCUAAAUGUGUACAGUGACUAUAUCAACAACUUCACCAAUGCCAUGGCACUGAUCAAGAAGGCCUGCAUUUCAAAACCUGCUUUCCUGGAAUUUCUUAAGAAGAAGCAGGCAUCCAGUCCAGACAGAAUCACUCUCUACGGCCUGAUGGUCAAACCCAUCCAACGCUUUCCUCAGUUCAUUCUGCUGCUGCAGGACAUGUUGAAAAACACUGCAAAGUCCCACACUGACCGGCUGCCCCUGCAGCUGGCUCUCACUGAGCUUGAGACUCUGGCUGAGAAGCUCAAUGAACAGAAGCGUUUGGCUGAUCAGGAGGCUGAGAUCCAGCAGAUAGCACACAGUGUGGGGGACCGCAACCUCAGCAAGCUUCUGAACUCAGAGCAAAGACAUCUGAUUCAGUGUGAACUGCUGACUGAAAUUGUUUAUGGUGAUAAAGGUCAAGUCCUCAAGUCGAAAGAGCGAAAGGUCUUCCUCCUCAAUGACACCAUCAUCUGUGCCAAUGUCAACCUGAAGGGUCCCCCUGACAUCAGCAGCUUGGUUCCUGUCGGUCCUAAGUACACAGUGAAGUGGUGUGCCCCACUACUGCAGACCCAGGUAGUGGAGGUGGGACAGGACAUUCUGCAGAGCAGGGACAGUGUCAUCACAGCCAGACGCCACAGCUCCACCUCCAGCACCAUAGGUAAAGUGUUUUUGGGUCCUCCUAGACUAUACCAGGAGCUGGAGGAGCUGCAGCAUGAUCUGGCUGUGGUGGAGGAGGUCUCACUUCUUGUAGGCACGCUCCAUGGAACCUAUCAGAAUCUGAACAGCACAGUGUCUCAGGACUGGUGCCUGGCUCUACAGAGGCUAAUCCGUCUGAAGGAGGAGGAGAUCCAGAAUGCCAACAAGUGUCGCCUGCGUCUGUCUGUACCAGGCAGACCUGACAAAUCUGGUCGUCCAGUCAGUGUCAUGGUGGUCUUCAACACUCCCAGCCCCCUGAGUAAGAUCUCCUGGGUCAACUGGCUCCACCUCGCCAAGAUAGCUCAGAGGCAGGAGAACACUCCGGGGUGGGAAUGUGCUGAAGAAGAUGGGAAGACCAAAGCUCCAUUUAGUUGUCCGCUCUUGACCUGCAAACUUCCUAUCUUCUCAACCAAAACACACACACUGAAGCUGGAGGCAGCUCUUCACAGUCCGUCCCAGUCCAGUCUGCUUGGCUUCUGCACUGCCAGUACGUCAUUACCACAAGGUUACCUCUGGGUUACUGGUGGAGGAGGCAGCUCCAACCAUGGUCAAGUGGAGAUCUUCUCCUUGAAUCGAGCCACUCCUCGCCUGGUCAAAACCAUCCCAAUGAAGGCCCCAGUUCUCUGUCUGGAGUAUGUGAAGGAGCCGUGUCCCAGCGCAGAUGAGAUGCAGGCUGAGAAGGCUCAGACUGCAGCCAAGAUAGGAAACAUCAUCUGUGUUGGUCUGCAGGAUGGGAGUAUUCAUGUGUACAGCAGCCUGGACACAGCAGUUCAGUGUUUGCUGACUUUGGAAAACCAUGACAGCUGUCCAGUCCUCUGCCUCAAACACUCACUGUCUUUCCUCUUCGCUGGACUGGCCAAUGGCAAAGUAGCUGUGUACCAUAGAAGAACUGGAGAGAGACUGUGGGACGUGGACUCAUGCAGGCUGGUGUCUUUGUGCUCUGAGCCGGUCUGCAGCCUGCUGACACUUGAAGAUGCUGCAUGGGCCAGCUGCACCAACCAGGUCACAGUUAUCCAAGGAUCCAGCCUCCACACACAGAGUUUUGAAGCACACUCUGAUCCAGGCUACAGUGUCAGCCACAUGGUUCACUCAGGUGGUGGGGUUUGGAUGGCCUUCACCCAGGGCUCCUCCAUCCACCUGUUUCACACAGAGACCUUGGAACCACUGCAGGAAGUCAACAUCUCCACCCGCACCUCCCAUCUGACACCAGGUCAGGUUUGUGUCUCCAGCUUGCUGAUCUGCCAUGGCCUACUGUGGGUGGGGACCAGCCAAGGCAUCAUUGUAGCCUUCCCUGUACCCACCCUUGAGGGCAUCCCCAAGAUCACAGGCAGCCAGCAUUCUGGGAGCCCCGUGGACGACCCCUCUUGAUGGAUGGCUGGUCAGGGUGCUGACGAUGGAAGUCA